AUGCAAGGAGCACCUCAACACUUUGCAUCUGGAUUCCUCUAUGGCAUCCCGGAUACCCCAAAUCAGAUUCCCGCACAUUUUUACAGCGAAAUUGCAUUCAAUUAUGGAAGAGCUGGAGGCGCCCAGCUCCCAGCCAAGGGUUAUAUGGAUGGUGUAGCAGAGUAUCGGCCUCGUUUCGCUUCGAUGUUAUCCAAUUAUAACACUUGCCGCCAGUUCGGUGCUCAGUUCAUUAUCCUCCUUCAUGAUUUAUGGGGAGCUGAUGGAUCGGAAUCGCAGUCAGACCUCUUUCCAGGGGAUAAUGGAGAUUGGAGCACAUGGAAUAACUUUCUUAACCAAGUUGUCUCUGAUCUGCGAGCCAAUAAUAUGACGACUGCUAUCAAAGUAGAUAUCUGGAAUGAAGCGGAUGGCGGUGGCUUCUGGCUCCGAGACCGAAGUCAAUUCAUGGACAUGUACGCCAGAACGCAUAACACGCUGCGGAGCAUUCUUCCCGAGGCGCAAAUAUUUGGACCUACGUUUACAGGACAGCCGGAUCCAAAUAACGUCUGGUGGACUGAUUGGCUGAGCAUGAUUAAGUCACAAAAUGUGAUUCCCGAUGUGUAUUGUUGGCAUUUAAUCCGCCAAUCAGGAGGAUCUGGUGGCGACGACAUCACUUUCUCAAGGGGCGUCUUUGAGCAGUUGCUGCAGCAGUUUGGUCUACCUGACCGUCCAAUCAACAUUGAUGAAUACGGCUCUCCCGAAGAGCAGGUUCCAGCCAGUUCGGCUUGGUUCAUGGCCCGUUUCGAGCGCAACAAUAUCCACGGUCUCAGAUCUGUUUGGACGGGUGGUCCGUCUUUGCACGACUUCAUGACCGAUCUAUUGGGUAGGACAGGCGCUGGCGUUUACUUUCCCGCUGGCGAAUGGCAAGUGUACAGAUAUUACGGCACAAACAUGACUGGCAACCGGGUAGCUACGACUCCAUCUGCUGACGGCUUCUUUGAUGUAUACGCGACUGCAAGUGACCGAGUGAGAAUCCUUGGCUCAGCUCAUACGCGAACCGGAUCUUACACUCUCCAUGUUGAUGGAAUGGCCGAUUUUGGCUUUGAUACCCAUGGUACGGUCAACGUUCAAACGCGGGAAUUUCCAUUUGCUGGUCUUCGCGGAGAGGUAGAUGGACCAAUUGACCAUGGCGUCACCGCGAUAUCCUUUCAAAACAACCAAUUGAUCAUACCGGCUACAAUUGCAGUAAAUACCAGUGCCUACGCCUGGGAGGUUUUUCGCAUUUGA